AUGAUCUUACAUGUAAAAUAUUUGAACCAGGUGCAUCUCAUUAGCUCUAAAUACUUUACCAUUACAUUAAACAGGUUCACACAAACUAGCUUCAUAACAGUUAGCUUAACGUCCUGUUUGGUCUAGAACUGUUAUUCUUGAAAAAGUAUAUUCUUCAUCAUAAACAUAACUCAAAUGUCAUUUCUGUUGUAGCAGCAGGAGCUUAUGGCUCGAACAAACAGGUAUCUGCCCAAUAACCUGGGAGCAAGCUGAAAUUGGACGUAGAGGGUGCACCUUUGCGCAGAGACUGGUUAAUGCUGAGAGGCUCCUCUGGGUGCACAAAGACAGCGGCUCGCAGACCAACUUGUUCAGAGUGAACCGGGAACGCUGGGAGGCGAAAUAAACAAUCUCCGGACUCGAAGUGGCCACAGCCGCGCAGUUUUACCCCUCUAAACACACAAUUCAACCAUCGAUUCAACGUAUACAAGGUCACAGGUGUGUCCUGAUAGUGAACGUGAGGGGCAGGAGGCCAGUCUUGGCAACAUGGUGAAGGCCCAGAAGUCAUCUGGGAGGAAGAGCUCUCUCUGUCAACGCAGACAGAGCGCUGCCGAGGAGGAGAUGGAGGAGGGCCAGCUGAACCAAGAUGCCCAGCAUCCACCUCAGGAGCAGCCCCAAGAAGGAGCACAGGCCUCUGAUCAAACAGAGCUCCAGUCCUCCGAUCCAAACGAGGCCCCCUCGGAGAACUCGGACCAGAAGGAAGCUCCGACGGACACUCAAGACAAGAGCGACUCUGCUUCCCAGACCCAGACCAAACCUCUGUGGAAGCCCAUUCCCCCUCUGCUGCCCGAGCCCCAGGACAGUAACGGCACCCAGACCAGGGACCAGAGCUGCCAGACUGAGGAGCAGCUGCAGCACAACAGCAACGGGUAUAAUACAGGUAUGUGUGUGGAGCCAGGUGAUCCUCCUCUGCUCCAGCAGCCUCUGCAGACUUCCAAGUCUGGAAUCCAGCAGAUUAUUGAAUGCUUCCGCUCAGGCACCAGCCAGCUGAGACACAUGCUGCUGAGGGAGGUGGACACCAUCUUUGAGUGCAAGCUGUGUCGCAGUCUGUUCCGAGGCCUGCCUAACCUCAUCACACAUAAAGAGUACUACUGCCUAUCACGGCUGCCUGAACCUGACGGUGAUGACCGACAGAGUGUAGCCGUGAAGGAUUUAUUAGAGGCUAUAUAUCCCCGAGCCGAACGGCCAGACUUCGUCGUCAGACUGGAGCCCAUUCAGACCACGACCAAGGCUGUGUUCCAGUACCUGACCACAGAGGAGGAGCUGGCUAGAUAUCCAUCACACACUCCCAGCGCUAGAGAGAGCCCGGUAGCUUGGGAAGGAGAACAAGUGGAGGGUGUGGACAACGGCCAGCUGAGCCAACCGGGAGGGCCAGAGAGCCCGGGACACAAUCAGACACAGAGGAGAUGGGAGGCUGAGGAGGACAAUAAAGAGGAGCAGCCGCCGCGUGAAGACGAAGAGUCCACGAGUGGGGUUGAAGAUGUGACAAUCUCUUGUUGUCUGUGCGGUCAGGACUUUAACUCGCGCCGCAGCAUCAGACGUCACUGCCGGAAGAUGCACCAGACCAAACUGGAGGAGCUCCGAAAGUUCACAGAGACACGUACAGUCCCCACAAGUCUGCUCUCUAUGGUGAAAGGUCGUCAAAGAACUCUCAGCACACCUACCGGGAAAUCCUGCCACGUGUGCCUCAAAACGUUCGCCACCAAAGCCAAUGUGCGUCGUCACUUUGACGAGGUGCAUCGCGGCCUGCGGAGGGAUACCCUCACGACCAGCCCUUCCUCUCGACCCGGCCACCCUCUCAACCUGGAGGCCACGCCCCCUAGGAAGAGCAACAACUCCUCUCCAACACGUGGACAAAACUCCAAGUCCACUCCAGUGAACUCUAAAACCACGCCAUCGAACCAAAACCAGCCAAAAGUCCAGAGUCCGGCUCCGGCCUCUCCACAGGUCAACCCCGCCUCUUGUCGCUGCACGCUCUGCAAGAGGAACUACAGCUCCCAGCUAAUGUUGAAGAGACACAUGCGUAUAGUACAUAAAAUAUACAGCAUGAAAAAUAAGCCAGCUGCCACGCCAACUCCUCCCACUACUGCAGCUCCUCCCACCAGCAGCAGCACUACAGCUACAACAAGCAACAAUAUCCGAGUAAAAGAAGAGGCGGUCGAGCCUUCAGAGGAAGAAGAUGAUGACGAGGAGAUCGACAGCAGCCCAGCGCCGUCUCCUGGUGAAAGCACAGGAACAGCUAAAGGUGCUGUAGUGGCACAAAAGACAAUAAAGGUCAAAGAGGAGGAGAUGCCGCUGACCCCGAAGAUGCCAACGCCCUUAUCUUCGUCAUCUUCACGCAGCGGCAACAUGAGCAACCCGGUCCCCCCGGCUAAAAUGACCAAACUGUCCGUGGGCUUUGACUUCAAGCAGCUCUUCUGCAAACUGUGCAAGCGGCAGUUCAGCUCCCGUCAGAAUUUAACCAAGCACAUCGAGCUGCACACCGACGGCAACGACAUCUUCAUCAAGUUCUACCGCUGCCCGCUCUGUCGCUACGAGUCACGCCGCAAACGUGACGUCCUCCGCCACGUGACCGUGGUCCACAAGAAGUCGUCCGCAUACCUGGCGAAGAUCAUGCCGAAACUGGAGAGCCGGGCGGUGAAGCGGCUCGCCGAGGUCGUCCUCAACAGCCCAAACCCACCUAAGAGGACGAGCAGCUCCAUCAAAGAGGAAGUGAACGGACGCCACAUUUCUUCUCCAUCCCCUUCCUCUCCCUCACCGCCAGUCACUCGCAAGCAAGAGUGCGCCACAGCUCCUUCAGCCACCACCUCGACAUCAACCUCCGCCUCCUCUUCUUCCUCCUCUGCCCUGCUUCCUGCACCCGUCACCCGGAAACAGCAGGACCUCUCAUCACCACCAUUCACCCCGUCCCCUCCUGUCACCCGCAAACAGGAGAGACAGCAGACCCACCAGCAGCAGCAGCAACAGCAGCAACAGCAGCAACAACAACAGCAGCAACAGCAGCAGCAACAGCAGCAGCAACAGCAGCAGCAUCGCCCAGUCAGCCCUCCACUCACCCGCCGCAGCGACAAACACGCACACCAACGCAACUCCUCCUCUGGGAACCAAACCCCGAACACACGACGGCACGAAGCCCAGCCAGAGAGCAGCACGGGGUCCACUGAAGUCCGAGUGACCAGGAACUUCUCGCUCCACGCUUGUGACCAGUGUGGACGAGCCUUCGCAAAGAAGCUGUACCUGGAGACUCACAAGCGAAGUCACCGCAACGCAGCGACGGCAGCCGGCAGCAGGAGGAAAGGAGUGAGCACCCGCUCCAGAUCCCUGGUCUGGUGAAAACACACAACACUGUAAGACAACAGACGGUUCACCUCCUCUACCGGGACUCUUGUUACUCCACGGCUGUCUGCUUGUCCUUCUCUCAUUCCCCCUCCACUUCCUCUCUCUUUAUUUUUUAUGUCUUCUCUGAGUCAGCAUAGACUUUCAGCCCUUCUUUAUUCCUCCCUGCUGCAGCGGUGCUUUCAGAAACCACAAAACACACCGCGAGAUGUGUGCGUAUUUGAGCAAGCAUGUGAAUGUUUGCGAGGAGAGAGGUUUAUGUUUACUUUUGUUCGGGAGACCAUUCCUGGGAAUGAAAGUGCCUCUGUAGACUUUAAAAGCAACCACUUAGCACAUUCACCAGCUGUUUCCUGCGCUCUACUCCUCACUUUAUUUGGGUUUUCAGUGCGCUCAUUUGAAUUCUCCUCCAACUGUUGUUCUCUACAACUCUCUUAUCCAUCCUCUCUUCUCCUAUCCCCUGACUCUUCUACCUUCUUCUUUUCUCUCUGUCUUUCCUCACAGUCUGCUGGGAUAAUGAAGGGGAGACACUUAAAAUGAAGAGGCAAUAUCAAAACCUUGAAUGGGGAAAACACUGGAUGAGUGGAACGAGCUCAGAGCAGAGAUGAAGGAAACAAACAGGAGGAUUGGAGUACAAAGGAUUUCCACCUUUUGCUUGGGAAUCAAAUAUAUAUUGUUGAAAUGGGACUUUUUUUUUUUGUAUAGUUGCAUAAAGAAGCCAAGCGCUGCUAUGUGAAGAGAGACUGUAGUGACCAGAGACUCACUACUGCUGUAUAAAUCUGUAUUUACUUACAAAUGUAUGUAAAUAGAGAUCCAUAUGCAGAUGCAGGCGACUCCUUUGAACGACUCAGAGGUAAACGGACGAGCGUGUUUGCGACGAGCGUGUGAAGAGAGAGGGAACCUACUGGAUUGUGUCCUCUGAAGGAAACUGGAAACAAACUGUCGACCUUUUUAGUUACAAGAAGGAAGAGAUCCAUGCAGUCUCACACAAACACAAACCUACUUGAAAUUGUGGCUCAUUUUAGGUCAAACAAACUUGUUCAUUUCUGUUGUAAAACAAGCAGUCCUCAGUUUUUAGUGACCAACAGCAGCCAGUGUCUUUACUACAGGAUGAAACCUUUACUGAGAACAGAGUUUGGUCAAAGUCAGUGAAAACAUUUACUUUAUUUUGUAGCUUUCUUGAAAACAAGUUCUGCUUUUCCUUUUUUUUUUUUAACGCCUUUAUCAAUUUCCAUCAUUUGCGAGUUGUGUUUGUUGAACUGCAUGUGGGAAAAAAAAACGUUUUCUAAACUUUGACCAACCUCUGUUUAACACACACACCUAAGCCAACUUGUUAAUCCUCUCACUAAAACUCUAGCAGCCAUGCCGAGAGAGUAAUGUUCUGAAACAAGGCAGCCAUUAAGGAAAAAAAAAAGCAGCUUCCUCCCUCACAGAAUACCAAAAACUCACUAAAGUGGCGCUAAUUAUGAUGGGCUGAAGGUUACCCAAUGAUAAUAUAACCCUUUUACAGAUGCUUAAUGGAUAUUAAAUCACACAGGCUAUGUGUUAAUUUCCUGCUAAAUAUGGAUUAUUUUUGCAUAUAAGAGGAGUGAGCAACCACAGGCAAACAUUCAAAGUAUCAAAUUAACACUGUUAUUAUCCCCUUCACUGUAAAUCACUUGUGCUAAUGUGUGAGAAUCCAAUUUACAGUGAGGACUGCACAUAUUGUUACGGGGCUAAUGCGCGUUUGAAUGCGUUCUCAUGCUGAAAAGGUUGCCUUCGGUGUUACAAUAACCGCCACACUGAUUUAAAUCUUAGAAAACCAUAAACUGGGAGACUUGAUUUUCUGUUCAGUGACUUACUGCUUUCAUUCUUUUCCAAAAUCAGACCCCAAAGCCAGAGAGGGGGCGAAGUGCAGAAUCACAGCAAAGCAGCUGGGGAUUUUUUUUGCAAGCAGUUGUUGUGCCGAAGCAGCAGGUGGAACAAGAUUGUAUUGACACCAGCUGUUGGGGGGGGGGGAAUCUACAGUUAGUGGGGCUAAUCCUGAUUAUAACGGGACGAAAUGUUGGAGCUGUAAACAUGAAGGAAAAACGCUAAACAGCUUAUUCUACAAGCUGAAAGUUUACAUCAAAGCGUGUGUUUGGAAACAACAAACGCUACCACACAUUCAGACAAACUUCUCUUUCACUGAUGACUCAGUUCCAAUCAAAUUGUAGCUUCAUAUACUCCAAUUUGAGGGUUCCGACAGCACCCAGAGGUAGUCUUGAAACACUGGCACAGGAUUUAGGAAAAAAGACCAAAUGUACAUAUGUCUUAAGCCAUGAAAUGGAACAAAACCUAGAGGAGAAAGACCAAACUUUAUUUUUAUAACUGCUGCAACAAACAUGUAAAUAUGGAUUAUCCCUCCCGGAUGGUAUACAUAAUAGUUCUAAUAGUCACCAUAGUUACUGACUUGUACUAAACUGUUGGUUGAUAAUUUGCUUCAAACAUGUCUGACUAGUUAUGACUCUGUCCUUGUUUGCGUUCUUCCAUGAUGAGUUUUUGCAUCUCAUUCCCUUUUGAAGGAGGUUUACGUUGGAAUGAGGAGAGAAGGAAUCAAACCUCAGACUUUUCUUUUUAAUCUCAUCAUUUCUUUCAUCAUCCGUUGUAACAUGUUAUGAAGCUCACCUUCUAGAGAAAACCCGAGCAGAGUUUGAGAAGCCUUUCAGAUGUGUCAAGAAUGUUAAAAACCCACCACUUAAUAAAUAAAAAUGUACUGCUUCAAACCUCA